AUAAAGAAAGUAUUACGUAAUUAAUUUAUAUGUGUGUAGAUCAGUAAUUACAUUUAAAAUGUAAAUACUCCCUCGUUCUCAUUAAUCAACGUAACCUCAACCGCAGUGUUGUGUCAUGUGCAUUUUCAUCUAAAAUAGAUAUAUUGUGUUCACAGUUUCUGCGUUUAAAUCUUCAUCAGUAUCAUUUCAGCUAUAACAAGGGAGUUAUUAUAUCAUAAAAUUGUAAUUGUUGUUUGAAGGUAAUAAAUGUAAUCUUUAGGAUCUGGAGAACUACGUGGUAAAGUUAAGAAUGGCAGUAAAUUACGGUGGAAUGCCAAAUCAUGUACAGAUAGGCAUUAGUGAUACACCUCUCACAUCUGCACUUGGGAAAGGGGAUUUUAAAACGGCUGAGAAAUUGAUAGAAGAAAACGAGGAGCCAUCUUAUUUAAACGAAGGUCCCUUUGACAGAAUUCCACUAGCGUUGGUGUUAUCAAGUGAAGCAGAAUUCAGGCAGUUUCCACGUCACCUUCGCUUGGCUAGAUUGUUGGUUGAAGGAGGAGCUAAUCCUAACAUUCCUAUUCUACAAGCUGAAUGGCAGGGAGCAAGCUCUAGCCCAAUGGAAUAUGUCUUGGCUCUGUAUGAUUGUGCCAGUGAUCUCUGCAGAGAUGGAAGUGAUAGCUUGUCGUACACCGAAAAUUUUGUCGAUCCUUUGUUUACAAUUGGGCUACAUGAUGAAACAGAAUUAACUCUUAUUCAGUUGAAGGAACAACUUCUGGAACUUCUAGAUGUCUUCAUAGCCUGUGGUGGUAACCCAAAUAUAGUUACUAGUAAAUCCAACUCCACUUUGUACCAUGUUGUGUUGGCAAAUUCUGAUCCUGACAUGGAGCUGGUUAUGAAGCUGUGUGAAGCAGGUGGAGACUUGAAUCAUGCUAAUGUUCAUGGAACAACACCAUUGAUGGAUCUUAUUAUGUAUGCAGAUGGAGAUCUUGCUAUGGACAUCUUGAACAGCAUUUGGAGGACAAAACAAGAUAUGUCUUCAUUAGAAGCCCAGAAUUGCUCUAAUGAAACGGCUUUAUGGCGAGCCAUGUUAGCUGGUUCACCCAGAGUAGCAACAGAGUUGUUACAUCAGGGCGCAAGCCUCACUCCUCGUGCCAUUAUUAGUAUUGCAGAAUGGCAUAAGGUAUCUAAAAUUGGAGGGCUUCCAUAUACUCAGGAGAUUACUGUCAAUGGAAUCUCUGCUGUCUUAGCACCUCUGCUGCAGGACUCAUCAUCCUAUGUGCGACAUACAGCUGCUUAUGUGAGCUCCAAGUUUCGCAUUGAUCAGGCACCAUAUUCAUUUAAUGUUGAUUUACUGGAUAAAGUGUUUUCAAAUGCCAUCUCACCUGUUGUAGACAGUACAGCUGUAUAUAAGUGCUUCCCAGAACCAGUACUGGAUGAAGUUAAAAAGAUACUCAAUGAAGAAACGCAGUUUCCAUUUGAUUCAUUUUCAUCACCAGGCAUUAAACCCCAGGAUGCAGUGAUAUUUAUGUUUGGAAAGUUAAGUGCAGGACUCCAACAGCUUUGUGUCCGGCAGAUAAUAGGCCAUAUAUUUUUCACACAAGAUCCACGUAAAUCAUUGGAACUCGUAGCAAAACUUCAAGGCAAGAUGUUAGUCGCCCGUAAAGAAAAAGAGAAACCUGAGAACUGGGAUGAAAAUGAAGACGAGGAUGGCACUGAAGGAGUUGAGUCUUCAGAUAACAUAGUAGUAGAAGAUAUGGAUAAUGUUACGCAAUGGGAUGUAUUAAUUGAAUUCAAUAAGAUGACCAUCCACAAGUUAGUUAAAGAGGUACUAAAUCUUCCACCAUCAUUAUUGUCAAGGUUUGAAAUAGAAGCCGCUCGUCUGCAACUCGGAGCAUGUCUUUAUAAUUUUAAGAGUAUUGACUGCAUUCAGGGUUGUGAUGGUCAGUCUGAUGAAGGGUCCUCUAGUGAUUUUGUAGAUAAUGUGUAUCUUGAUGACGACAGCUAUGAGGACGAUGAAAGUGAUAUGUUUGCAGAAUUCAUGAGUUCAGAUGAAGAUGUUAAUGAUGUGUUUUCUGAUACUGAAUUAGAAACAGACCCAGAUGGCAGUUUAGAAGAUGAAUAUUAUAAGAAUGAAGAUGACAGUUUAAAUAACGAUGAAGAUGAAUAUGAUAACAAUGAAGAUGACAAUAUAGAUGUUAUGUACAUCAAUGAUGAUUUGAAAAACACAAGUCCUGUGGAAAUGGAUGUUGAAAGUACAGCUGAUGAAGACUCAUGGCAUACAGAAUACUGACAGAAACAUUACACAUCACCUAGUAUCUCCAGUGGUGAUGGAUCAGAGAAAAACUCAGUUAAAUCACAGGAUACCAGUACUGGUUCUGGGGAAGUUGUGCCAGAUAACAUCCGUAGAGAUAAAUACGAAGCUUUUGGCAAUGAUACAUCUGAUGACAUAGUAUCCCCAUAAGAGGAUGUAUCUAAUUCUGCAGAUGGUAUGAAUACAACUGAUGUGUUCACAUGACUAAACAGUAAUCUUUAUUUAACUUUCAAGGAGUGCUAAUGUGAUAAUUUGCAUGUUCCAUGGGAGCAGGAAGGGUAAAGUAUGUGACAUGAUUUUAAUGGCUGUGAUUUGAAUAAAGCAAAUUAUUUAUUCAGAAAGAAUACUACAUUAUGUAUAUUGUAUAAAUAUGGUGACUAUAUACUUAGGAAAGCAUGAAGAAUGUGUGGCAAUUACUCUAAGCAACUGACAAAUUAUUUAUGCAGCAUUUAAUUGUAUUGUGUUUUAAAAUUGAAGUAUUGUUUUAGUUUUGUAUGGUAUUUUGUUAAGUUCUAGUAGUGGUACUAGUUAGAAGUUUAAUCCUAAGGUGAAUAAAUAUAAAUAAGUCCUAAGAGCUUGUCAAAAGUUGUAAGAGAAUUUGCUAUAUUUGCUUUAUGAGCAACAUAGUGGCACUUUGAAAAUUUAAAAAUCACAGUGAACACAGUUGUACUGAAUUCUGUUAAAGUCAAAACUGCAGAACAUGCGAGAGAACCAAGGUGCAAAUAAUGCUUGUGUAACUCUAUCCAGGUACAGAUUGAACCUUUCCAUUUACAAAAUGCCCGUGGAUUGUAAUGUAAUGAAUCCUUAUUCCACAGAUAAAAGGAGGUUCUUUGUUGCCCUGAAAUCAUAUUUUUGAAAGAAGAUUCAAUGUAAAAUUGCUUAAAAAUUGUAAUGAAAAUACAGUAAUGUCUCUGAUCUCAUGA